AUGUACGAGACCGGUCGUGUUAGAGCAUCUAAUGCCCGGCCUCCUCUCGCGGAUGCCACACAGCGCGUCAACAAUGCUUCUUCGAGGAUUCCCGUCAAAUCAGCCAAGUCACGCGACAAGGCCGCUAGCUAUGUCCAACAAACUACUGCCUUUGCGAAUCAUGCCGACGACCUACCCGUCUCUGAGCCACGAGUAGCAACUCCUGUGGUUGCACCAACAAGUUCUCGUAACCCAGCUGUGGCAAGGGCGAGAGCGUCGCAGGAUACAGAUAGGUCGAAGCGAAUGUCGCAGGUCUCUCAGACCUCCACGGCUCCGUCGAGCAAACGAAGCAGUGCAUAUGCUUACAAAACGCACAUUGGCCCUUGGCUACUUGGCAAGACUCUCGGAAAAGGGUCCUCGGCUCGGGUGAGGCUCUGCAAACAUCGUAUUUCUGGCGAAUUAGCUGCCGUGAAAAUUGUCCCCAAGAAGACUGCCUAUCUGAUCCAGGCUGGCAGCCUCGCGGAGUUGCACGACUAUGACGAUAGCCUACCUGAAACUAUCAACGGAGAAAAGCGCGUUCCCUUAUCAAUUGAGCGAGAGGUUGCCAUCUUGAAGCUGGUGGACCAUCCCAAUGUUAUGAAGGUGUAUGAUAUCUGGGAGAAUCGUUCAGAAAUUUAUCUGGUACUCGAGUAUGUCGAACAAGGGGAUCUUUUCGACUACAUCAAUACCAAUGGCCGUUUCUCCGAGGAAGGCGCGAUGUACAUCUUUCGGCAGAUGAUGAGCGCUCUUCAAUACUGCCAUUCCUUCAACAUAUGCCAUCGCGAUCUCAAACCAGAGAACAUUCUAUUGACAUCCGAUAACAAAGUUAAGAUUGCUGACUUUGGCAUGGCUGCUUUACACCAAUCCUCGGACCAUCGACUAGUGACGGCUUGUGGGAGUCCACAUUAUGCUGCCCCCGAACUCCUGAAGCACAAACAUUAUCGGGGAGACAAGGCUGAUAUCUGGUCAUUGGGUAUCAUUCUUUACGCUCUUUUAGCCGCCUGUCUACCCUUCGACGAUCCCGAUAUCGGUGCUCUGCUACAGAAAACGAAGAGGGGAACAUACGAGAUCCCAGAGUUCUUGAGUUCUGAGGCCAAAGAUCUCAUCCGACGAAUGCUUGUUGCCAAUCCCGAUACGAGGAUCUCCAUUAAAGAAAUGUGGCAACACCCACUUAUUCGCAAAUACAACUACCUCGACAAUCUGGGCACCAGCGGUCAACCGAAAGACGUUCGGAAGAACUUCCAUUACACUCCUUUAAAGCCCCACGAAGUCGACCCCCACUUGGUCAGGCAGCUUAGGUCCAUGUGGCAUAUGCUCACUGAACAUCAGAUUAAACUGAAGCUCAUGGACUCUGCGAAAAACGACCAGAAACUUUUCUAUUGGCUUCUAUAUGAUUACCGCAAGAAGCAGCUAGAGAACUUUCUUCCAGAACUUUCUCAAUCUCCCAGUGACUAUCAUCAUCUUCACGAGCCUGUCUGGAAAAAGCGAGUGUCAACAGUUGAAUUCAAUCAACCUAGGGCAGAUGGAACUGGCAGAAGCAUUUCACGCUUCACUGUCAUCUCCCAUGUCGCAGAGACGGAGAAUGGAACGGUACAAAGUUACGAUCCUUACAACUCAAGCAAACCAAUGCGUGGGCAUUCCCAAGUCAGCCAUGCCAAGAUCGUAGUUCACCGCGCACGUCGUGGAUCGAUGAAAAGAGAAAACACACAUACGACUCAACUUUCGCGAAACAAGACUGGCUCAACGGUACGCCAUUCUCGCGUCAACUCUCAACGCACUGCUACAACCUCCCGUUUUCAGUCUCCCCGUAGCUCUAUGAACUCACUGCCCAGUAGCAGGCAGGGGACCCCUUAUGCUCGACCAGCUUCUCGUCACAAGCGGGGUAUCGACUUUUCCCAUGUAGGACGGAAGUCGAAUGAUCAGCAUGGAGAAAAGCGCCGUCGAGGAACUCCAGUUGCCACCCUUCCUGGCCCGGAGAGGGCUAAAUCCCCAAUAAACUCUUCGAAGAAAAUGCCUGUCAUGGAAAGACCUAGGCCGAAGUUGAAGAUCGUGAAGGCUCAGGACCCCGUGCUAAUUGUCAAUGAAGAAGUGCGAAACUUCAGCAACAGCAUCGCAAAAGACUGUGAUGAGGCUUUCGGAAGUUCCAUGAUUGCUGACGCACCCAGCGAGCAUGCCUUGGAUGAUGGGUCAGACGGCAAGCGAGACUCUACAAGGCUUUCGUUCACCAUACCUACACCGACCUCCGCGAAUGCAAAUACUGCUUUUCAUCCAUGGGACACUCGCCCGCUUCCACCUCUGCCGCCUCCUAAAUCGCAACCUCCUGCGAUCCCUGUGGCAACAAAAACGGAAAAUACUCGAGAAAAUAUGAGAGAUACACAGCAAGUAGGUCGCGUUGGGAAGUUUGUUGACCAUGUCAAUCGACUGGGCUUCCCUGCUUUGAUGCCUAAGCAAGACCGUCGUACUGUUUCUGCACCACCAUACAGCCAGAAUGGCAAGGCUUCUCUCCGGCUUCCAGCGAUUAAUGAAAGCGGCCGAGACACAGAGUCCUCAUCUCCGAGCGACGGGGAUAGAAAUCGUAUCGUGUCUGCCCCUUCGAAACCUCAUGAUGGCCAACAUGAUAUAGAUGGUCUGGAUUAUCUCGUCCGAGCUGGUGAGACUAUUCGAAUGGUUAACUCUCCGGGUACAAGAAAUCCUAUUCCCAAGCCCUUAAAUGUACGGAAAAAGAUGUCUGAUCGGCCAGGCCAUGUUGAUCAACUCAACGAGCGCCAUGUGUUUAUGCAUGGAGCAUCUGGUGCGGACGAAUCACUUGCUCCAUCGACGGGAAAUUAUAGCAAUGUGCCAACAAAGCAGAAGAAGUCUUUGUGGUUCAAGCGUUCUUCGAAAGAUAGUACCUCCUUAGAGGGCAGCAUACAUACCGAGGCGACCCAAGACACACAAGCAUACAGCAUGACUACCCAAUCAACAGAACCCAGCCGAUUGGAGGUUCAGCCUCGUCUAUCUUCUCUAUCAGUGCCUACAAAGAAAAAAGGUUUCGGUCUACUUUUUUGGAAGAGCGGCAAACACAAGCUGGAGAGCAAGAUGGAAAUUGCUACGAAUCCAGACUACAACAAUUCCCCUUCUCCAGGGCCUAACCAAGAUGUUGGGCAUAUGAAAAGUCGGCAGUCCGCUAGAAGCUGGAACGACUCGGAAAAAGGAGUGCGGAACAUCGAAGUGCAGCAAAAUUGGCUGGCUCGUCUCUUUGGCGUUAAGCCAGCGAUGAGCUACGUUUGUUUAGUGAUGUCGCGCAAACGAGCUCGCCAGGAAAUGGCGAUUCUCUUCAAAGAUUGGCGACGUUAUGGCUUGAAAGAUGUUCAAGUCGAUAAGGAGAGAAACAUUGUGUUCGCCCGAGUUGGGGUCAAGAACUACUUAAGCAUCAAGGAGGUUGCAUUUGCUGCGGAGGUUAUGACAGUGAUUGAGCACGGAAAGAAGGGACCCUUAUGCAUUGUACGAUUUACCCAAGAACGCGGAGCGGCAAGCAGCUUUCAUAGGGUGGUAGACACUGUUCGGGCAGUUUUCGAAUCUCGUGGGCUGCUCGUUUGCGACAAACGCAAGGAGAAGAUGAUGAUCAAAACACUCAAUUCCUGA